AACCAAACAUGGACAAGCGGAUUCUCUUCGUAUCAUUGUGCGCAUGCGCAGUAGCCUCUGGACUGUACAUUCAAGACCCCGAACCCAAUGUUGAUUGUCAAUUAUCUGAAUGGGGGGAAUACGGGCCGUGCACGAAUGUUGGUGGGUCACAACGACCUGUCUUAAUUCGUAUAAGACGCCGAGAGAUUCUGGUUCGUCCCUCGGGAAAUGGCAACGACUGUACUCCGCGGGAGGAAGUGUCAGGUUGUGGGGCCGACCCUACUACUGCUGAGCCACAAACUGGAUACCCAAACAAUCUCCCAACAUCGGUUCCACCUAAGAAGAAAAAGAAGUGUAGAAAGGGAAAGAAGGGACGUAAAGGAAAAAAAGGUCCCCGAAGAUCAAGCGGGAAGUCCGGAUGCUCCGACUCCGAUAAUGACGAUGAUGAUAAGAAGAGAAGAAGACAAAAUAAGAGGAAAGGAAAGAAACAAGGAUCCGGAUCUGGAAGUGAUAGUGAUGGUUAUUCUGGGAACCAAUCAGAUUAAAGACACAUUGUGACGUGUAGUAGUUAAGUGUGACGUAUAAUGGUGGGAAUUUAUGUUAGAUUGGUCAUGUAGUGAUUAAAGAAGUCAAAAAAUUGUGGCGUAGUUGCAGAAGAAAUCAGAACAACGCUUUUUGUUUUAAACUCACUUAUUAUGACGUCAUUAAGGCGUCUUUCCAGAAGCGCACGAAACAAUCAACAAAAUGUGCUUGCGUCGCCGAUUCUUGAUUUCGUUCAGUAGUGUGUGUUAGUUAAUUGUUGAGUUUGAAGCACUUGAAAAAUUGAAUGACGAGUUAAGACGCAAUAAUCGUGAUGUGUGUAUGCAGGACUAUUGGUAGAAUAUACAGUUGUGUUUCUGAACUAUGUUGUUGGUAGUAGUAGGUCCUUUAGAUCAGUAACGAAACUGGGCAUUGACAUGUUUGGAUAAUAACUCAAAUACGCAGUACAGUGGGUUGUAACAACGUUAUUAUAGAGAUUAAAUAUCUCCAGUUCUAAUAAUAUCAUAGUAGGUCGUGGUUGCAUAAUGAAUCAUAUGUUUCACAAUGGAUUAGACUUAAAAGAGUCAAUUAGACUGUUGAUUAAACGACGUGUGGGUUGGAACAGUUUGCAACAGCUACAAAAAUGUCAGCAAUUUGGAUGCGGGACCACACCAGCUGUGGCAGCUAUCAGAAGAAACAGAAUAUUUGGAGGAACUUUUGCUUCAUACGGAUCUGUACCAUGGCAAAUAAAUCUGCUUGAAAAUGGAAGGAGAAAAUGUGGCGCAUCACUGGUGAAAGAUAAAUGGAUAAUGACAGCCGCCCAUUGCAUUCUAGCCAGGUUAUUGAACCCAAACUCCAAUAAAGAAUAUACUGCAAUAGCUGGUGAUCAUGAUGUCACAAUACAAGAUACGCAUGAGCAACUACGCUAUGUAAUACGAUAUAUUAGUCACCCAAACUUUGACGCAGCUACCUUAGCCAAUGAUAUCGUAUUAUUAGAGAUGGACAUACCUUUUGAACUUAACCAAUACAUUGUACCAGUAUGUCUACCUAUGUUUGAUGAAAUGCCGUAUCCUUAUACAGAAUGUCAAGUAGCUGGGUGGGGUUAUGAGUCGCCUAUCACAAAAUCUGAUCAACUGAGGAAAGUAGAUAUCCCGAUUCUGCAUCAGAAAUCGUGUGAAACCAUCCACCACCCACAAGCAGGCGUUGCCAGUAGAAUCACAUCAAAAGUUUUAUGCGCUGGUGAUUUAUCGGGAGUCAAAGAUACAUGUCAGGGUGACAGUGGGGGACCUCUAACAUGCCACAGAAAUGGGCCAGGUACACCCCGUGUUGUUGCAGGUAUAGUAUCAUGGGGCAAGGGAUGUGCAUUGCCAGGGUUUGCAGGCGUUUACACCAGAGUUUCAGAAUACUUCAACUGGUUGAACCAAACUUUAAAAAUUGUACCAGUAACCAACCAUAACCCAUGUCGGUAUUCUGGCAUCAAACUAAAUGAUCGAUUGUCGGGAAACUUUAGCAGUCCUGGUUUUUCUGGAGGUUCUGGUUCAUAUCCAAACAGCCAAGUUUGUUCAUGGGAAGUUGAUUUGUCUCAAGUAAGUUCACCUACUGCCACAGCCGUUAUUUCUUUUGAUGAUUUUGAACUUGAAAAUGGAGUAGAUGGAACGUGUAGGUUUGAUAAACUCAACAUAUACACUGGAACAAACUAUGAUAUAUUAGUGGGUUCAUACUGUGGCAGCAACAUUCCUUCCCAGAUUACUCUCGCCAAACCCAGGAAUGAAGGUUCAAAGUUGAAGUUUAAACUCGUAUUUCAGAGUGAUAACACAGUUACAAAGCGUGGAUUUUCUGCCCAAUUUCGCGUCGUUUAAGUGCUACAUUUGUUUGUAUAUAAAUUGAAAACAUAUUUUAACUUUCUAAAAAACUUGUUUGUUUUAGAAAUUAUGUACUGUACAUUUAACAAAAAAUACCAUUAAAAGUCAAAUGCUACUCAUGCAAAUCAGUUUUGUAUUGUUAUGUAUAUGUGUAUUGGUUUACUUUUAUAAACAAAAUUCUAAAAUUUUAUUGA